UUCCCAGCAUGCCCGUGCAAGGGUGGAGAUGCCAAGAUGGCGGCGCCAUUGACUAUGCUGCUGAUCGUGGCUGUCACCGUCAGAGCACUUCUUUUUAGGUCGUCUGUUGCAGAUUUAAUCGCCGAGAGGGUGGAAGUUGUGUCUCCGUUAACGGCCUGGAAAAGAGUGAUUGAAGGUUUGGCUCUACUUGACUUGGGAGUCUCGCCGUAUUCCGGAGAUGUUUUCCAUGAGACUCCUCUCAUUAUCUACCUCUUCCACUUCCUGGUGGACUAUGCCGAGAUAACAUUCAUGCUGGCCGACGGCAUCGUGGCGGUGGCGCUCUACUAUGCCGCGCAGGACUACAACAAGCAAGUGUUCAGGAAGCAGAAAUAUGCCCUGGAAGCAGACCGCUACCCCCCCGACUGUCACGAGCUGGUCCGUAGCCCCAAAGAGAUGCACUACAUCCCCCUGAAGGUGGCCAUGUUCUACCUGCUGAACCCGUUCACCAUCCUGUCCUGCGUUGCCAAGUCCACAUGUGGCCUGAACAACGCCGUGGUGUCCCUCUUCAUCCUGUCCACCAUUAAAGGAAAUGUCCUGCUCAGCGCCAUCUUCUUGGCCCUGGCCACUUACCAGAGCAUCUACCCUCUGACUCUGUGCACUGCCGCUCUGCUCUACUUGAUGCAGCGCCAGUUCAUCCCUAUCAACAUCCGGCGGGUCAGCUUCUGGUGGUUUGUCGCUCAGUACGCCUUCAUGUACCUGGGCAGCCUCUUCGUCAUCAUCUGCCUCUCCUUUUUCCUGCUGGGCUCCUGGGACUUUGUGCCCUCCGUCUACGGCUUCAUCCUCACCGUUCCAGACUUGACCCCCAACAUCGGCCUCUUCUGGUAUUUCUUCGCAGAGAUGUUUGAACACUUCCGCCUCUUAUUCCUCUGCGUCUUCCAGAUGAUUGUCUUCUUCUACACCAUCCCUAUGUCCAUUAAGCUCAAGGAGCAUCCGGUGUUUCUCAUCUUCAUGCAGCUGGCGAUCAUCUCCAUCUUCAAAUCCUACCCCACGGUGGGCGACAGCGCCCUCUACAUGGCCUUCCUCCCUGUGUGGAGUUAUCUGUACAGAUUCCUGAGGAACAUCUUCCUGGUUACCUGCGUCAUGGUGGCCUGUUCGGCACUCUUUCCGGUCCUCUGGCACCUCUGGAUCUAUGCCGGCAGUGCCAACGCCAACUUUUACUACGCUACCACACUGCUGUUCAACUUGGCUCAGAUCUUGCUGGUGUCGGAUUACUUCUAUGCCUUCUUGAGGAGAGAGCACCAUCUCACUCACGGACUGUAUCUGAAGAGGAAAGAUGGCUCGGCGGCCACCCUGAUUCUCAAGUAAACCUCCGGCGAGGAAGCCUGGACGCGGGGGGCGGCGGAGCUACAUCCUCAUGUAAACUGACCAGGGUCAAAGAUGCUCCGAGACCAGCAGUCCGCACACAUGUGGAUGCGUGCAAGGAACAAUGUCAUGUGAUGUCGGGAUGUGAGGACACAGCCUUUGACACCUCACGGACCUCCUUGCAGGAAUUUAUUUUGAAGAGGGAUCUUUUUAUUGUGACUUUUCAGCGUCUCAGAUCUUUUCUUCCCUCGCCAUGUUUAAUUUGUGAAGAUCACGUGAACUCAAGUCCUCCAAGACGACGAGGAAGUUGGUCCGGCUGAGCUGACUAUUAUGUUUGCGGAACAACGUCAAGUGAACCAGUGAUGCAUUCAUUUACAGAAUGUAGAUUAGGAUCGGAAAGGAGUCGUUUCAGACAAAUUGUAGCUUUGAAUGCCGAUUUGGGAAGUUUUUCCCGUCACAGGAAGUUAACGUUCCUUCGGUGACCGUUAGCUUUUCGAAAUGAAACCAUAUGGAAGGAAACUUGAAAAUACUGAUUGUAAUUCAUGUUUUGUUUUUUACUGAAAAAUUCUCUUUUAUUUUGAUGCACUGUGACGCUUUCAUGAAUGAGUUUUUGUUCAAAAGGGUUUAUGUAUUUGUUCUGAUUAAACGUCUUAAUUUA